UGUUUCGUUCCGCAAACCUUUAUUCUCCAGUCCAUCCACACUUCUCGAUGUAAGAGCGAUUCAACAACUGGAAAAAUCCAAAAUGGCGGCGGGAGGGAUGUCUUUCGCAGGCAAAGUUGCAUUAAUAACAGGUGGCAGUUCAGGUAUUGGUAAAGCAACAACUUUGCUGUUAUCCAAGCUUGGAUGCAGUGUGGCAUUUGGGGGGAGAAAUAAAGCCAACCUUGAAAAAGUAGCAGCUCACUGCCAAGAAGCAAGAAAUGAUGCUCAGGUUCUUCCAGUGCAAGGUGAUUUGGAAACAGAUGAAGAUGUAAAGACGCUUCUAGGAACCACAAUCAAACAUUAUGGAAAGCUGGAUAUUUUGGUUAACAAUGCUGGAAUAUCUGGUUUGGGAACUAUUGAGAACACUUCCUUGGAUUUAUUUGAUCAGAUCAUGAGAAUCAAUGUGAGGUCAGUGUUCUAUUUAACUUCUCUAGCAGUUCCAUUUCUAACACCAACACAAGGGUGCAUUGUUAAUGUGUCAAGUGUCAAUGGACUGAGGUCGAAGUGUCCUGCAAUAACGACUGUCUUGUUAUUGUUUAUUUCAUUAGAACUUGCACCAAAGAAGAUCCGCUGUAACUCAGUCAACCCUGGUGUUACGAUUACUGAAUUGCAGAAACGAGGAGGGCUUAACGAAGAAGCUUACCAAAAGUUUUUAGAACGUUCAAAGGAAACUCAUGCCUUGGGGCGUCCUGGAAAUGCAGAAGAAGUAGCCAAUGUGAUCGCUUUUCUGGCUUCAAGUGACGCGUCUUUCAUAACCGGUGCUACACUGCCUGUGGAUGGAGGAAGACAUGCGAUGUGCCCACGAUAACACAUCCUGCGGCUACUCGUUCAAGACAUGUGGGUUUGUGGUGGUAGUGGAUGCGAAUUGAAUGCGAAAAUGAAUGAUGAAGGAUACUAAUAUCCGUAAUUGAAUAAUUAUAUGCUUCAUCAUGAUCAUCAAAAAAGACCACUGUUCCAAGUAUUUUUCACUUAAUGGUGGUCAUAGUGCGACUUCGAUUACUUGACUUAGAUGACAGCAUCUUGUUUAAAUAGAACAACAAGACGUUUCCACACGUUUGGUUUAAGACAAUUGGUGUAAUAUAAUUGGUUCAAGAUAAUUUUGUGAUCGUUAGGGAUGAUCGAGAUGAGAUGAUCGAGAUGAGAUGAUUGAGAUGAGAUGAUCGAGAUGAAGAAUUUCUCGUUUAUCAUUCAUUGUUCUUUUUCGUUCAUGACGUUUCAGUCGCUUAUCAUUUUGUCUGUAUUUCUUUUCAUAAUAUCGUUUAUUUCAAAAUCCCUGAUGUUCCUCUGUUAAACUGGAGGUCAAUAAAAUAG